AUGGCUGCUCAGAGGAAAGCUGAGACCGAUAAUGCGAACAGACAGAACUUAUCGCCCGGGAUCUUGGGGGCGAGGGCUUCCCAACAGACUGUGAUGCAACGGAAAGCAGACGACAUUGUUGGGGAGGGACUGAGGGGAGGAAAUCGGAAGCGUUACGGGGGACGAGGACAGAGGACAAGGACCAGCACGCACCAGGACCAGCACGCGCCAGGACCAGCACGCGCCAGGACCAGCACCCGCCAGGACCAGCACGCGCCAGGACCAGCACGCGCCAGGACCAGCACGCGCCAGGACCAGCACGCGCCAGGACCAGCACGCGCCAGGACCAGCACCGGCACGCACGAGGAGCAGCACGCCCGAGACCUGCAGAGCCCACAUACAACGCCCCGUAAAGCUGAGCCCCAGCCCAAGCGGCGCAGCGGACCCGGCCCAGCGGAGCAGCAGACCCGGCCCAGCGGAGCAGCGGACCCGGCCCAGCAGAGCAGCGGACCCGGACAAGCGGAGCAGCGGACCCGGCCCAGCGGAGCAGCGGACCCGGCCCAGCGGAGCAGCGGACCCGGCCCAGCGAAGCAGCGGACCCGGCCCAGCGGAGCAGCGGACCCGGCCCAGCGGAUCCGGCUCAGUGGAGCACUGGACAUAAUGCCAGACAAGCUGAGUAUUUACAGGGACGUGACCAAACUGCCCCAGAUUCUCCCCAGCGGAGCAGCAGACCCGGCCCAGCAUAGCGGAGCAGUGCGCGCCAGGCCCAGCCCAAGCCCCAGCAGAGCGGAGCAGCGUGCGCCAGGCCCAGCCCGAGCCCCAGCAGAGCGGAGCAGCUCGCGCCAGGCCCAGCCCGAGCCCCAGCAGAGCGGAGCAGCGCGCGCCGGCCCCAGCAGAGAGCGGCCCCAGCAGAGAGCGGCCCCAGCACCCUUUUUUUGA